UCAUUUCUGAUCAGAAAUUGUUCUUAGGGAUAGAAGUCUUACCAAACACGCCAUUACGUUCUCUCCUCCAUAUUGAAAGCUAUGGAGGGUCGAGAUCCUCCGCCCAAUUUCAUCAACGUCGUAUCGGCACCUUCUUUCCCACUUACUUUAGUAAACAGGACACGUUCCUAGAUGCAGGUGAGGGCGACCCUCAGAUUGGCAGCGGCUCGGGCCCCUUCAAGUUACUAACCGAACCACUGCCUUCGCACUUUCCGAUCUUUCAUCAUCCAAGUCCGGGCCGCGUCUUCUAGCAUCAAUUAAAUAUUCUCGAGGGUGUGAUGCUGAAGUUUUUCCUUAUUUUAUUCAGCGAGGUCCGCGAGCGUGCUCUGACGAUCCUAAAGAAAGCUCAGGUCCCUCGUUCAGCGUAUUGGAGUUAAUGAGCACCUAAAAAAAGCUCAGGUCCGCAAAUCCUUAACUUGGAGUCUUCCUCAAAAACUCAAGAGUCAAUCCGGCGACAGAUGGAAGUCUGGUUCCUCAUCCUCGUCACCCUCUCCGUCGCCGCCCUCCUCAGAGCCACCCUCAACCUCCUCUCCUCCUCUCCCAACAAGAAGAGCCUCCCGCCGGGCCCCCUUACCUUCCCAGUCGUCGGCAACUUCCUAUGGCUCCGCAAGUCCUCCUCAGAGGUCGAGCCCAUCCUCCGCUCCCUCCACGCCCGUUACGGCCCGAUGGUCACCCUCCACAUGGGCUCCCGACCCGCCGUCUUCGUCGCCUCCCCGGCCCUCGCCCACGAGGCCCUCGUCCAACGCGGCGCCGUCUUCGCCGACCGCCCGCCGCCCUCUGCCACCAUGCGCCUCCUCUCCUCUAACCAGCACAAUAUCAACACCUCCUCCUACGGCCCCACCUGGCGCCUCCUCCGCCGGAACCUCACGGCGGAGAUCCUCCAUCCCUCCCGCCUCCGCUCCUUCUCCCGCGCCCGCACGCGGGUCCUCAACAUGCUCGGGGCGGAGCUCAAGUCACAGCCUGGCGGCGUCGUCCGCGUCAUCGACCACUUCCCGUACGCCAUGUUCUGCUUGCUGGUCCUCAUGUGCUUCGGAGACUGGCUCGAGGAGGAGCAGAUUAAGCAGAUCAAGGAGGUUUCGCGACGGGCGCUGCUGAGUCAACGGCGCUUCAACGUGCUCAGUUUCUGGCCGUGGCUGAGCAAGCUCGUCCUCCGGAAGCGAUGGAAGGAGUUCUAUGAGCUCUGCGAGUGUCGGAAACGCGUCCUCAUCCCGCUCAUCAGAGCUCGACUCAAGGCCAAGCAAGAGCAACUGAGCAAAGCCAAGGAGGACGGGAACGACGGCAAUGGCGAUUGGAUCUUGCCGUACGUGGACACGCUCCUGGACCUGGAGCUGCCGGAGGAGAAGAGGAAGCUGGAGGAGGACCACAUCGUGAGUCUGUGCUGGGAGUUCCUCAACGCCGGCACCGACACAACGUCCACGGCGCUGCAGUGGAUCAUGGCCAACCUGGUCAAGUACCCAGAAAUCCAAGAGAGGCUCUACGAUGAAAUCAAAUCAGUUGUGGGAGAAGGGGCGGAACAAGUGAAGGAGGAGGACCUACAGAGGAUGAGCUACCUGAAAGCAGUGGUACUGGAGGGGCUGCGCCGGCACCCACCGGGGCAUUUCGUGCUGCCGCAUGCGGUGAAGGAGGACGCGGAGUUGGGCGGCUACGCGAUCACCAGGGACGCGACCAUCAACUUCAUGGUGGCGGAGAUGGGUUGGGACCCGAAAGUCUGGGAAGACCCGAUGGAGUUCAAGCCCGAGAGGUUCUUGAACUCCGCCGGCGGAGGAGCAGCCAGCGGGUUCGACAUCACGGGGAACAGGGAGAUAAAGAUGAUGCCGUUUGGGGUGGGGAGGAGGAUAUGCCCUGCGUCCGGGCUCGCGAUGCUGCACCUGGAGUACUUCGUGGCGAACCUGGUGUGGCAGUUCAAGUGGCGGACGGUGGCCGGCGAGGAGGUGGACCUAUCGGAGAAGCAGGAGUUCACCGUAGCGAUGAAGAACCCGUUAAGGGCCCAGAUUUCAUCCAGGAAUUAGGGACCAUUGAAUUUCAGAAAAUUUAUGUCGAUUGUUGCCUUCACGCACUCUCUCUGAUAUGCACGCUUCUUUGCUUGGGAA